GUGUUAUGCUACAUAAACUUCAGCUUUGUUGAUGGUCAAAGGGAAGUUUCAAGAGUACUUCCCAAUUAAAGGGACGUCAUGUACUUACAGCUGCCUGUAUUGCCGGGCUCACUUGGCUCGGCAUGAAGAUCUUAUCAGCAAAUCAUUUCAAGGAAGCCAGGGUCGCGCUUAUCUAUUCAACCAGAUUGUGAAUGCUGAGUACUCAGAGGCGAAACAACGUGUGCUCCUCACUGGAGUUCACUUUGUUGCAGACGUGUAUUGUGCUUGUUGCCAAACGAUGCUCGGUUGGAAGUACGAGCGCGCGUUCGAGGCAAGCCAGCGAUACAAAGAAGGCAAGGUGAUAGUCGAACUGGCCCAUCUGAUCAAGGACAACUGUUGGGACACAGAGUGGCUCAGCCCGCACCAUCGCAGUCCCUUCAGUGCCUCUUGUACUUUACCCCCUGUCCAAGCCCAACGCAAACCACCUCUAGUUCUUUCAGCUCGUAAUGACUCGGGUAUAUUUAGUUCUCCGGAGCUGUCUAUCUCUCUCGGCCUCCUUUCAAGCCCUAUUAAUCGCGAAGCAUUUUCCCUCCCCUUUGAGUUUUCUGUCCAUUUAAGCUCAUCCUCCGCACCAUCUCAACCAUUUCAGUCGCUAUUCGGUCCCCAUCCUGUGUCCGUCCAAAAUUCCUUUCAUCCAACAGACCCCGUAGUAACUUCCUGCCAUUCACUUUACCGACCACCUGUAGUGCCUAGCCGGGUAGCGAACUCUACCACUUUUCCUGACCAGCCUACUGGCUCAUCUGAUGUUGGCGUCUGUGAUGAUCGUGUACCGAAUCAAUCACCUACUUCACCCUCUCAGAUUGGCAUAAAGAUGUGGAGUCAAACCGAUCCUUACUGCACAACAACGACCGCAUGUGAUGUAAGUUUAUAUGAAUGGAUAUGCUCCAAUCGGGAUUCAUGCGUUUUACGUUUAAUUUUGGUGCAUCAUCGAACACCGGUACAAGGAACUUCCUCCAUUGUUUAUCCCCCAACUGGUCACUUACCGCAGGGUUCCACACAUGUGGUUGGUGCUUACCUUAAAAUAGUAUUUUUAAUCUCCGUAUGCACGUAGAUACGCAGAUCAUCAGUGAGCAUCAACUGAUGCCAAUUCGUCUAACUGAAAAAUGCGAUUUCUAAUUUUCGACUAUACCAUCAUCCCGUUGUUUCUGUCAAGGCGUGCUCAGUUCUGCUCACUGGAUCUCAAAAACGAUUGUUGUAAGCGCCUUUAUAUACUAAAGACUUAUUUUUCUCCUU